AAAGGAGGCUUCAGCCUCAGCUCCUGCUAGAACAGCAAUCUGCGAGAGGGCUCUUGAGCUUGCAAGCACCAGGCCACCAGCGAGCCAUGGCGAUCCGGGGCGUCCCCUCCUCCCGCGACAUGACGGUGGAGGAGUUCAAGGAGUGGCUCAAGCAGUUCGACGCCGACGGCGACGGCCGGAUCAGCCGGAACGAGCUCCGGGAGGCCCUCCGCCGCCGCGGCGGCUGGUUCACCACCUGGAGGACCGGCCGCGCCCUGCGCCACGCCGACAAGAACAACAGCGGCUUCGUGGACGACUCCGAGAUCGAGAACCUCGUCUCCUUCGCCCAGAAAGAUCUCGGCAUGAAGAUAUCGAUCUGGUAGAAGAAGUGCGUGCAGAGUGGUAGCUGCAUGACAUGCAUGAACCUAUGAACUAAUGAGUCAGUGGUAGCACCUAGAUUUUAAGGUGCUGUCUUGCUUCCUUUCUCUUUGUUUAAUUUUCGCGUUGUGUGGUAGAUUCAGAUUGACAUGCCGAUCACUUCUCCUGAAAAAUAGUAUGUGUAAACGAAGCACAGGAGAAGGUGUGUGUCAAGCAGUUGUGGGUGUUUGUGUGCUGCUAUGUGGAGGGUUGUGAUGCUUGUAGCGUUGUGGUGCACAAAAGGAAUAUGAGACUGAGUUGAUAAUUAUCAAUAUUUCAGUA